AUGGCCAGGCCAAUGCAUUCCACAUUUGCUGCUUUUUGCGUGUUCGCAGUCCCUAUCACUGUAGUCUUGAUUUUCAUUCCAUGGUUGGUGGUGUUGGUUGAGUCGGUGACUCUACAAUCGGAUAUAGAUGCUCUUCACAGCGUGAAGCAAGCAAUUGAUUCCAACACAAUUCCAGCAUCUUCAUUUCUUAAAACUUGGAACUUUCAGAUGGAUCCAUGCGAGAAUCCGGGGCCACACUUUCUAGGAAUCUUAUGCACAGUUCCUGUUGACAACUCAAGCAGCAGCAACCGAGUAUUAGCAAUCAAUCUCGACCAAGCUGGAUAUGAUGGAUUUUUGUCACCGGCAAUCGGCAACCUCACAGAGCUCACCACACUUGACCUCAACAAGAACAAUUUUAGACGCCCCAUACCAACUACCAUUACCAAUCUAGUGAAGCUAAACACACUUUCACUCUCUGAAAAUUUUUUCACCGGCAGUCUCCCUCCAAGAAUCGAUAGGCUCAAGAGCCUUAUGGUUCUGGAUGUUUCACACAAUGUACUGUCCGGCUCAAUCCCGAGACUGCUUUUUUCUGAAUUAAGAAGCUUAACCGUCUUAAAAUUGUCGAACAAUCUAUUCACUGGUAGAAUCCCUGUAGUCAUUGGAUUAUGGCAGCUUGACACCUUAGAUCUUAGUAGAAACCACCUCUCUGGGAAUUUGUCACAGUUUCCUCCAAACUUGAGAACACUUUUACUAGGCCACAAUACUCUCUCUGGCAGUAUUUCACCAGUAGCGAGGCUUAAAAACCUCCAAGCAAUAGAUCUGAGUGCUAACAGGUUUUCUGGUUCAAUAAGCCAUGAAAUCCUCACAUUACCUAAUUUGAAUCAUGUAAACCUUUCGAUUAAUAGCUUCUCAAUGAUGAAGGUGAUGAAAAAUUCUGGAAGAGCUACACAGCUUCAAGUGCUUGAUGUGCAUCGUAACCGUUUGCAGGGUCGUUUGCCUAUGAAUUUAGUCACUUAUGACAACUUAACAGCAAUCAAUCUGGGGAACAACCAAUUUUCUGGCCAAAUUCCAGUGGAAUACGGGCAAAAAAUGGCCAACAAAUGGAGAAGUUUGUUCUUGGAUCACAACUUUCUGGUGGGAAGUCUGCCACCUCAGUUCAGCAAUAAUGCAGCAAGGAUCAGGGGCAGUCUUGCACAAAACUGCCUCAAUUGCCCGGGGAGAGUCCACUUUUGUCAUGGAGGGCAAAGACCAGUUUCAAAAUGCGUCCACCAGAAUGGUGGUCACAAAGGGUGA